UUUCAGUUCAUUUGUUCUUCGACGCACGUUCACUAUUUAAAAGAAGCGAAACACAUAAAUUCUCAGAUCAGAAGAAAAAAUAUUAUCUUUCCUUUGAGAAAGAUAUCCUUUAUCAGAUCCUUACCAACGCAAUUGCAUGAUCUCAUUGCUUUGAAAUGAGCACAGGCGAACUUCUUAGCAGCGAGCCUUCUGAGCUCAAGUUUCCUUUUGAGCUAAAGAAGCAGAUCUCGUGUUCGCUUCAAUUGUCGAAUAAAACUGAUAAUUAUGUAGCUUUCAAGGUGAAAACAACAAAUCCGAAGAAGUACUGCGUCCGUCCCAACACGGGGGUCGUCUUGCCUCGAUCCACAUGCGAUGUUAUAGUUACAAUGCAAGCGCAAAAGGAGGCUCCUCCUGAUAUGCAAUGCCGGGACAAAUUCCUCCUUCAAAGUGUAAAAGUGAAUGACGGUUUAACGGCAAACGAUAUAACUGCAGAAAUGUUCAACAAAGAAGCUGGAAAUGUGGUUGAAGAGUGCAAGUUGAAAGUGGUUUAUAUUUCUCCACCUUCAACAGCACAAGAAGGGUCUGAAGAAGGACCUUCACCGGGAGUCUCUUUUUCAGAUGGCAAGCAUGCAAAUGCUGCUGAGUUUGCUUCAGGUGCCAGAGCAUUUACGGAAGGGCUUGAAGCUCAAGAAAUAUCUUCUGAGGAGAAAGCUCUUAUGACAAAGCUGACUGAGGAGAAAAAUAAGGCAAUUCAACAAAGUAACAAGCUUCGCCGUGAACUGGAUCUGUUCAAGCGCGAAGGCAGCAAAAGCGGUGGUGGUGUGUCAUUCAUGUUUGUCAUGUUGAUCGGCUUGCUCGGCAUAAUUAUGGGAUAUAUCAUGAAGAAGUGGUAAGCGACCCUGGUCCUUCUGAAUAUUUUCCCUCAACUUACCUUCCUCUGGACAAGCAUGAUGAAGGAAAAGGAAGAGGAAUUAGUAGUCGUUGGACUGCUUCACCUUCAAUUGGUUGUUACUUGUUAGCUUUGAGCAAAUUAGCAGAACUUUUUAUGGUUGGUUCCUAUUUAUAGAUACUGAAGUUAAUUUAUGAAUAUUGCAUCUAAGAGUAACUUUUAUUUGUAGAUAAAUUUAUAUUUUCAUAAAGAAAAGGUUUUGAUUA